AUGGCUUUUUUUCGGUUCGCAAAACUUGCCUUUAUUGUUGUCCUUGUCUGCGUGCUAAUGACCAUCAGUAUCAUAAUGUCUACUAUCAACACACCCUUGGCAAUUGGAGAAGACUUUGAUACGUUAUCAGAUCCUUAUCUGUCCAAUGCCAAUCCUCCACCAACUAUGUUCCGGACUGGAGCUCGUCCGUGUGCUCUCCAAAAUAUCUCGAGUUUGAGCCAAAAGAAAAUCCUCAAGUCGCAAUAUGAAGAAGAUCGACAUUUGCUGUCUUUUUUCAAUGGUCUCUGCGGUGGUACCUAUAUGGAAAUGGGUGCUCUGGACGGUCGACUGUACAGCAAUUCGUAUUCUUUCCACAAAGCUAUGGACUGGAAGGGUCUUCUUGUUGAGCUGACUCCAGAAAGCUACCACCAAUUGGUAAAGAAUCGGCCUAACGAAUUAGCCGUCGUCAAUGCGGCGGUAUGCGAUCAAGCCAAGAAGAUACACUACUAUUCGAAGCUCAAGCAGCCAGCCGUUUCAGGAGUGUGGGAAUUUACGGCCCUCGAAUUUAGAGAAAAAUGGUGGUCCAAUAUCACGAUCGCCGACACCGAAGAGAUUGAUUGCAUACCUUUGAAGGAAAUCAUCACAAAGAACGUUGGCGAACCAGCCUUUUUCGACUUUUUCAGAGGGCUCGGAGUUCAUGGCUUUGCAAGGCCUGGACUUCACCAAAGUGGGCUUCGGAAUUGUAUUUAUCGAGCGUCAGCGGUACAAUCCAAUUAA